AUGACUGACGACGUCGACAACAGGCCAACCAUCAACGACAUUUCCGACACAAUCGAAGAAUUGCUAGACAACGAGGUUAAGGUCAUUGAGAGAUCUUCUGGCCAAUGGGAAGAUGGGGCUCGACAUAUGAAAGCGACAUUGAAAGCGCCGCAGUCCGGCUUGACCUCCAAAAUGUCUACCCCAUCAAAACCAGCAUCAAAUCAUGACCGGACAACCAACAUCCCAUCCCAUACCGGCCGAAACAUCUUCCCCAACCACGGCCUCUUCUCCCGCCUCCUCCGCUUCGCCUACGUCCAACCACCACGCCUCUGCAUCCGAGACGUGACCACAGGACAAGAAGCAACGCACCACCAACUCCUCUCCGACGUCCUACACCUCCGACAACGACUCUACUCCCAACUAGGCCCGUCAACCCUAUCCACGCUAGAACGCCAAGAUGGAGCAAUCUACAUCGCCGUCCUCGCCCCAGGCGGCUACGAAUACACAGUAGCCAUGCUCGCGGUCCUAGCCCUAGGCGCCGCCGUCGUGCCUCUGAGCGUCGCACUCCCCGUCUCAGAAGCAAAAUACUUCAUCACGACCUCGCACUCCGUUGCCGUGCUAACAGCCACCUCAACCCUCCAGCUUGGCCUGUCCCUCGAGAAAGAAAUCAAAGACUCCGACCCCACCAGCACAUUCACCUGCCUUCCCAUCGCCCCCUCAACCUCCGCUCCCCUACUCCCAAGAGCCGAAGUCAAAAUCUCCUCAAAUCCCCCUCUCUCCGACGCCGCCCCGGGCGUGGUGAUCUUCACAUCCGGCACGACGGGUCCACCAAAGGGAGCCGUCAUGCGACGUUCCUAUACCUUCACCGACGCACUCGGAAUAGCAGACCACUACGCCGUCACUCCCUCAGAUGUUCUCCUCCACGUGUUACCAGUCCACCACGCCACGGGGCUAGGGAUAAUGUUCUUCCCCUUCCUCGUAGCGGGGGCAACCAUCGAGUUCAAAUCUAGUGGAUUCAGCGAGGCCUGGACCUGGGAGCGGUGGCGUCGAAGUCAUACUUCCAAGUCCGCCGCAGAUCGUCUAACCUUCUUCUCCGGCGUCCCAACAAUCUACAUGCGAAUGCGGCGGUACUUCGAAAGCACCAUCUCCCCCCAAACCCCCGCAGAAAAAUCCGAAUACAUCGCGGGCGCCCGCACCCUCCGCGCCUGCUUAUGCGGAACCAGCGCCCUUCCAAAACCGAUCGCGGAUUUCUGGACGGAGAUUUUAGGGAAGAAAAUUCUACUGCGGUAUGGGGCGACGGAGAUAGGGGCCGUAUUUCGUAUGCCGUACCAUUCCUAUCGCGACCCCAGCGCAGACGACAUGAAAGAAGAAGAGGUGCCAGAUGGGAGUGUGGGCAUCCUAACCCCUGGUGUAGACGUCCAGCUCUCCACCUCCCCCUCCUCCGAAGGGGAGAUUCUCGUCCGCAGUGCAGAAAUGUUCUCUCACUACUUGCACUCGCCCUCCGCUACACAGGCCGCCCACAAUACCGAAGGCUACUACCGCACCGGCGACAUCGCCCGUCAAGAAGGGGACUGGUAUUGGAUCCUCGGCCGCGCAAGCGUAGAUAUAAUCAAAUCCGGCGGCUACAAAAUCAGCGCCCUAGACAUCGAACGGGAGAUCCUAGGUCUGGACUACAUAGCCGAAGUCAUGGUCGUCGGGGUGCCGGACGAAGAGGAAUUCGGGGAACGUGUAGGAGCCGUGGUGGUGAUGAAAUACCCCCUCGGAGCAACGGGGAUGAAACACCAUCUUACGAUCGAGAAGUUAAGGAGAGAUUUAAGGGGCAGGGUGGCGGGGUAUAAAUUACCUACGCUGUUACGAGUAUCGAUGGCUGAACUGCCGAAAUCGGGGACGGGGAAAGUGGUGAAGAAGGUUCUUGGGCCGGAAUUUUUCCCACGGGAUUGGAGGACGAGAGGGGUGGGGAAGGUGCAGGUGUGGGAUCCGAAGGACAGGGAAGGGGAUGGAGGGAAAGGCCAGCCGAAGCUGUAA